AUGGCUCACCUUACGCAGCCCAACGGUGAGAAAAAACCACCAAUACUGGAUCUACCUCUUGAGUUAGUCCAGAAGAUCUACGAGGGCUUAGAGACACCCAGGGACGCGAUCAACAUGGCUUGCACGUGCUCAGCAUUCGCGGCAGCAAUCAAACCAAGGCCUUUACACCUCAUCACACUCAACGCUCGAAUGCACAGGGAACGAGCGCGGAGACCUGUGUCCGAGAGAGAAGCUCUAAAGUUGCGCCAGAGAAGUCAGCCAAUCCUUCACGCAAUUCAAAAACACGACGAUCUGGAGCUCAUCGAAAAGAUACUUGACAUCUAUCAACUGGAGUUCUCAGUACUCAUCGACAACGUCUGGUAUCCCAAAAUCUACCAUGUCCCUACUCCCGUCGAGGCAGCUAUCAGUGCUGGCCGACUUGAAGUGGUGCGUCUUUUGGUGCAGAAGGGCUGUGGUCUCGGUUUGAGGAAGAAAGCGGCGUUGAAAUUUGAUCCACGAGUGAAAAGUCUACUCGCCGUCGACAGGUCAAGCAAUGCAUUCAUGUACGCAUGUCUCAAGAAACAGCAGGAGAUUGCAAUCUUCCUCUUCCAACACCGCGAGACCGAGAUCUCGGGCGGGCACAUGUAUGCGGCGACCUACCUCGACAACCCCGACGUCGUCCGCGUCAUCCUCCAGCAUCCGAGCUAUAACGGACAUAACCGCUCUCAGCUUGUCGAGGAUUGUCUCAGGGACGCGGUCAAAUGCAACGCCGUAGGGUCAGCUGAGGUCCUCAAUACGGCUGGUGCAUCCGGCGUCGAGGGAAGACGACUGAAUAUGCUUGAGAUCGCUAUGAAGCACGAGAAUUACCCGUGA